AGGAAAGCUAUUUUUGUUAUGUAUGUUCUGUUUUUUUUUAUAUAUUUUCUAGUGUCUAUAUAUAAUGUCUUGGUCAUCUUAUAGACAUUGACGGUCAUUUGUGCAGUGUGCACUUUGGUGCAGUGUUUUUAGACAUUUAGUGCAAUUCCUGCUUUUGCUCCGACAUCAUGGCAGAAUAUUUGAUAAGUGGCGAGACUAGCUACGUUCCUGUAGAUGGGCUCACUGCGCCACAACUUUUAUCUAAUGGUCAGGGCCUUACCUAUAAUGAUUUUCUACUAUUACCAGGAUCAAUUGAUUUCACCGCCAGUGAAGUGGAUUUAACUUCUGCAUUAACCAAAGGAAUCACAUUAAAAACUCCACUUGUAUCAUCACCUAUGGAUACUGUUACAGAAGCUGACAUGGCAAUUGGAAUGGCUCUGAUGGGAGGGAUUGGAUUUAUACACAACAAUUGUACACCAGAAUAUCAAGCGGCACAAGUACGAAAAGUGAAGAUGUAUCCACACUUUAACUACAGAUCAGUGGUAUUGAGAGCAAGUAAAUAUGAACAAGGCUUCAUACAGAAUCCCAUUACACUGGGACCUAAUGCUACUGUUCGUGAGGUCUUCAAUGUGAAGUCCACUCAUGGGUUCUCUGGAAUACCAAUUACUGAGGAUGGAAGUGCAAAUGGAAAACUAUUAGGCCUAGUUACUUCUAGAGAUGUGGAUUUUCUCAAACCUAAAGAUUAUUCAACCCCAAUUUCUGAAGUCAUGACUCCCUUGUCCGAUCUUAUUACUGCAUACACAUCAGUAACACUAGCUGAAGCAAAUGAUAUUGUUUCGAAGAGCAAAAAAGGAAAACUUCCAAUUGUAAAUGAAAAUAAUGAACUGGUUUCAUUGAUUGCAAGAACGGAUUUAAGGAAGAAUCGUGAUUUUCCAUUGGCUUCGAAAGAUAAAAAUAAGCAACUUCUGUGUGGAGCAGCAAUAUCAACGAAAGAAGAUGAUAAAAUAAGAUUAGAAUUAUUGGUUGAAGCUGGUGUGGAUGUCAUUGUCUUGGAUUCAUCACAAGGAAACUCCGUGUUUCAAGUAAAUAUGGUGAAAUACAUCAAACAAAGAUAUCCAGGGUUGCAAACUGUUGGUGGAAAUGUGGUUACUGCAGCGCAAGCAAAAACUUUGAUAGAUGCUGGAGUUGAUGCUCUCAGGGUGGGAAUGGGAAGUGGAUCUAUUUGUAUCACUCAAGAAGGUGCUUUUGACUCGAAGGUCAAUGGGUCGUUUUUGAUGGCUGUUGGACGUGCUCAGGCCACAGCAGUAUUCAAGGUAUCAGAAUAUGCCAGAAGAUUUGGAGUUCCUGUUAUUGCAGAUGGUGGAAUGCAGAAUGUGGGACAUCUUACCAAAGCACUAUCUCUUGGUGCUUCUACUGUAAUGAUGGGAUCACUACUUGCUGCCACCACAGAGUCACCAGGAGAAUAUUUUUAUUCUGAUGGUGUUAGACUAAAAAAGUACAGAGGAAUGGGUUCAGCUGAAGUCCUAAAACAGCAAACAUGCAUGGAUAGGUAUUACAGUGAAAAGGGUUCUCCUAUUAUUGCUCAAGGUGUAUCUGGGACUGUGCAAGACAAAGGAUCAGUUCAUACCUUUCUUCCUUAUUUAACUGCCGGUAUACAACAUGGCUGUCAAGAUGUUGGCAGUAAAAGUUUGUCAAGAUUAAGGGCAAUGAUGUACAGUGGUGAGCUUAAAUUUGAACGUAGAUCUGCAUCAGCACAAGUGGAAGGAGGAGUACAUGGUCUUUAUUCAUAUGAAAAAGCAUUCAUGUAAUCCACGCCUAUCAUUUCUGUACGAGAUUGCACCAUGAACAAUGUUUGUAUGUUUGACCCAGCAUAUAUUUUUUUUAAUUUGUAAAUUGCUGUGGUACUGCCAAAAACCUUAAGAAGCUGUAAUCGUGUGCCAAUUGAUUUAUCUUAACAACAAUUUUUUUCUUCAAGUCAAGUACCAUCUGUGGAUCGGUGUUUAAUUUAAGCUUGUGCUCUGUAAAUGUAUUAAUGUGCAUAUGAGUAAGAGUUCAUCAUAAUGUAAUUGUGUAAUAGAUUUGGUCAUUGUGUUUUGCCCUUUAGCGAAUCCACAAUACUUUAUUUGCUGGCUCUACAUUUUGAGUUCUAUUUACUUAAUUAGUCUUCCUCAGUACUAAAGUAAUUUAUGGAUAUAUUUCCUUUGCAAUUUUUUGUGAUUUCAUGCUUUAAUUUCACCCUGCACUUUCUUUAGCUUAUAGUAUUUAUGUUUAAUCUAUAAAUAAUAUUAAAUCCUUUUAUUUACCCAAUAAUCCUUUAUAAUAAUUAUUCGGAUAAAAGAACUUCUAUUUAUUUUGACAUUUUUUGUUGUUCAAGUUAAUAGGUAAAUUUAUGAUGCCCUAUUUUCAUUUUGAGUCACUGCUGUCGUUCAGUAAGCGCUACAUUGCCUAGUAUGUCUUUUACACUGUGUUUCAUCUCUUCAUAGCCAUGUUGGCAAAACAAAUACAAGAGCAAAAUAGCGGGG